UCAGCUGCGAAAAUGGGGGCUGUCUGCGGCAAGCAGAAAUCGGUAACCGAACCAAAGACCCGUCAAGCUGCAGUAGAGGUGUCAGAUGCACCAGUUGGUCCCAACUCAAACCAACCGCCACCAAUUGCCGCAUCUGCCGUAUGCCCUAAUACAGCGCGGGACAAAGGCAAGGUGGACAAGGUAGAGGAGUUUGUUACAGGAGAGGGCGACGGUGUCUAUUUGAUGCUCGUCACCGAGAACAACACCACCUCUCUUGUGCAGCAGUAUGCCCAUUCGAGACCCCAAGUACCCGAAGGCGACUUGUUGCUGCUCCAGAUUAAACCUCCCGUGUAUGUUGAAAUCAAGGAAAGCAGAUUUGCCGUGCAAAAUGGAAAGCGAACACUCAAAGUGGGGCUCUCGUUGGCCAUGGGAAACCCCGAUGGCCAAAAGAAAGUUUGCGAGGCGGUGUUGGAGUGCCUACGGCUAACGUGCGCCUACUCAGCGUAUAUUCACUGCUACGCUGCUAUGGAAAAGGCACCUUUUUCGGUAUUAUUAGUAGUAUGUGAGCGACAUGAACCGGCGUGUAUCAAAGACGGUCCAGAUGGUUCAAAGUACGUGACGGCUAGCGCUGAGGGGACUCAAGAGGAAAAAGUGGAUGCGCAAGGCACAGCUGAAGUUGUAGUGUCAGAGAAGGUCGAAGACCCAGCAAACCCUAAGGCGGAAGAGGCAAAACAUUUAGCCGAUAGAGCUGGGGACAGUACGAAAGACCAGGAAACUGAAAACUCGCCAACAGCAUCAAAAGGGGAAAAAGGGCUUACCAUCUUUGAGGACGUUAAUCCAGUAGUUACGGAGACCACCGCACCUAAACUUCUCAAGCAAGUUCAGGUCCUUCGUCAUAUGGCUGAAGGAAGAUCCCCCAAUUUCUCCCUCCUUCGAUAUAUGCUCGUUGUUCCAUUGUCAAAACCCGAUGCAGAAAAUGUCCUGAAGGAUGGCACAGUAGUGGACGAUGGGGGCAUGGAUGCACUACAGAAAAGCGUCGAAAAACUCCGUACGCCACAUCCUAUAGGAAGAUUACGUAGUAAAUGUAUAUACCCCUAG